AUGACCGAACAACGCCGGCGCUGGACAACUGCCGAGGAUGCGCUCCUCUGGGAUCUUUAUCAAGUCGAGGAGAGGGCCCCAACAGGCAAAUGCCAAAAGGUCAACUGGAACGAAAUCGCGCUCCACAUCCCCGGCCGCAGCAACAAGGACUGUCGCAAGAGAUACUUCAACCGGUUCACUGGAGGCCUGCGCAAGGGAUCGUGGACGCAGGAUGAGGAUGAGCGGCUGUUCGAGCUCGUGGAGAGAUACCAGUACCGAUGGGCCAUGAUUGCGCAGAAGAUGGAGACGAGGAACGCGGAUCAAUGUUCGAAGCGCUGGCAUCACUGUCUGAACCCGGAGCUGGAGCGGAGUCCUUGGACGCAUGACGAGAAUGCACUCCUACUAUCGGCAGUUGAGACGCACGGAAGCAGCUGGAAGGAUAUCCAGAGAUCGCACUUCCCCACCCGGUCCGCGAACAAUAUCAAGAACCAAUAUACGAUUCUCUCGCGAAAACGCCUUAGCCCCGUCCACCUACAACCAUGCUGCCAGACGGCCGAAUCAUCGCGACGUCCCCCAUCCUCCACGCCAUCGAUGACCGGCUCUCAGGGAGGUCCUCGCUACGACGCAUACAACUACGGCUCCCUCACCACAAGCCCCCAGGUUUCUGCAAGCGAGUAUCUCCCGGCGACCCCUGACACCUCUGGUUCCGUGCACGGCUAUGAUCUCCAUCCCGCCAUGAGCUUGCCCAACGAUCCCUGCGGAUACGUGCCGCAGUACCAGCCAUCGUUGUAUCCGAAUAUGCCUGACGCCGACCUCGUGAUGACUGACCCGCUGGGAAUGAGAUACGAGUUGGAUCUCUCGUACUUGCAGGACGGAUCGAUGCAGGAGUAUCAAGGGCUUCAGAGAGGACAGUCGUACGGAUAUUGA